CCUGUGUGGUCGUCUGGUUUCAAUGGUGGAUUUCUCUCAAUGUGCUGGACUCAGUUUAGCGGAGGUUAGACAGAUUAACUGACCAGAUUUUCUUAUAUUUGACCUAUGACUUAUAUUUACCCAUAUUACAAAUAUUCAUAAGAUAUAAACACACGCACUCAGAUUCGAUGUAUUCUUUGGAAGAAACAGUUGCCGCUAGACGCUAGAAUAUUUCCUAGAAGUAUCAUGAUAGUUGACCAAACAUCAUUGGUAGAACAUGUGGCCGCUAGCUCAGACGAUACAAAUAACCUCGUGCUUGCCGCACUGACUUGUACUCAAGUAAACAAAAACCAACCUCUCACGUCAAAUAUAUGUUCUGUUAUAAUUGAUCAGCUUUUGUCAUUUGAAUUUGAAACCAAUUCAGCGACUAAUUUCAUCCAAGUCGGGUCAUAACAUCCUGCGCGCGCAGCCAGAAAACAGUGUUACUGCCAUAGUGACUGAUAGAGGCGGAUGGCGAUAAUAAAGUGCUCGCGCAGCCAGCAGGUGCGUGGUUGUCAUAGUGACUGAUACAGACGGGUAGGCAGAAGGACGCUGUGAGCUCAAUUCACAGCCGCGCGGCCCACCUUCAGCAUCCCGAUUUGAAAAGGAAAUAUUCCAAGUCCGACAUGUCUCGUGCUCCACUACUCUCACUGACGGUCGUGUGCCUCUUUGCACGUUCAGUGAACGCGGUGGCGCUUAAUGCCGCGUGCUCAGCGACGUCAGACUGCACGGUGACGAACUCCGAGUGCUCCAAGAUGAUUUCCACGUGCUCAAAGGGAACGUGCACGUGCAAAAAUGGCUACAUGGAAGACAGUAGCGCAUGCAAACUGAUGGUAGACAACGGUGGAACAUGCGACGCUAACAAGUAUUGUACAGGCGGUACCACGUGUCAGACCACCACAUGCGCCUGUCCGACCGGGACCAUCUAUCACUCGGGAGUCAAAAUGUGCAUUACCGACGGAAAGAAACUCAUCAGCGAGGUGUGCACGGCUGACUCUGACUGCUAUGAGGGAACCACGGAGUCCGAGUGUGUGGCGAAUACUGGAACCACCACCCCCAAGUACUGCCGCUGUAAAUCAGGCUACGUGCUCGAUAGCACAUACUUUUGCACGAAACCUAACCUAGACACUGCCUGUACGAGCGCGGUAGGCUGCGUUUCCAUGACGUCGACGUCAAUGUGGACAUCAUCGGGCCAAGUGUCUGAGACGUGCCAGAACAACAUGUGCGCCUGCCCCAGCGGAUCAGACAAAUUCACAUACACAUACAGCUCCGCUGAUUUCAAGAUCUGCCAGACCACGGCCACAGGUAGUAGCAACGACAAAGCGGACGGCGCGACCUGCACGGCGUCUAACACGUGCAAGUCGAAAGUGUGUUACCAGUGCCCCGGCGAUUCCACGAGCAAGUGUGUCACAAUCACCGCUGGUAAUGGCGCCGAUGGUAUUUCCGGUUUGGUUGUAUCGCUACUGGUUCCCUGUCUUCUUCUUCUGAAGUAAUGUGAUCAGCUGGUAACCAGCAGAAGUAGCCUCCAUUCAUCCGUACCAUUAAACCCAUCACCUGUGUUUGGAGAACUUUCGACUUUCCUUGGAAAUAAGCAACACAGGUGCACAAAAUAAACAGUUACAAGUUCUACUGGACUUAAAUAAAAUAAAAAUGUGUAACAUAUUUAAAGCAACAAAUGGCACCGAAACUGUCGCCGACCGUUAACACUUUAUGUUGAUAUUUUAUAGGUAUUUAUUCUUGUAGUCACAUAUAGUAACAAUUAUGUUUGUGCACGCCGCAUAAAGGAAAAAUCCAGCUUUUCUAGAAAACAAUAAUGCAUGAAAUUUCGACACUAAAGGAAAAAAAGUACUUAAAAUAUAUUAUAACGAGUUUUCUUUCCAUCUUAUUUAUGUAUUGUAUAUCACUGUGUAUUUUAUAUUCCGUUUAGUGCUUAAACACAAAAUGAAGUCAAUAUUUGACCGAUACAGUGUGUUCCAAGUACACUUCACUUUUAUAACUUAUG